AUGAAGGGGCCUUCAGCCCAUCUUACUUACGCUCUAGGAGUUAUCAUCAUGGCAACAAUGGUUGCAGCGUAUGAACCAUCAUACCCGAAUAUCUUGCCACCACUUCCAUCUUAUUCACCAUCCCCGAAUGUAGAAUACAAAUCACCUCCCCCACCAUCUGUCUACAAUUCUCCAUCACCACCACCAUAUUACUCUCCAUCACCCAAGGUCGAUUACAAGUCUCCUCCACCACCAUAUGUUUACAGCUCCCCACCACCACCCCCAUACUAUUCACCAUCGCCGGUUGAAUACAAGUCUUCUCCACCACCGUAUGUAUACAGUUCCCCACCACCACCAUACUACUCUCCAUCACCUAAGGUAGAUUACAAAUCUCCUCCACCACCGUAUGUAUACAGUUCCCCACCACCACCAUACUACUCUCCCUCCCCUAAGGUAGACUACAAAUCUCCACCACCACCAUAUGUAUACAAUUCCCCACCACCACCAUACUACUCGCCAUCCCCUAAAGUUGACUACAAAUCUCCUCCACCACCAUAUGUCUAUAGUUCCCCACCACCACCAUACUACUCUCCCUCGCCUAAGGUAGACUACAAGUCUCCUCCACCACCAUAUGUUUAUAGCUCACCACCCCCACCAUCGUACUCACCUUCCCCAAAGGUUGAGUAUAAGUCUCCACCACCACCAUAUGUUUACAGUUCCCCACCACCACCAUACUACUCGCCAUCCCCUAAAGUAGACUACAAAUCUCCACCACCACCAUAUGUUUACAGUUCUCCACCACCACCAUACUACUCACCACCAAAGGUUGACUACAAGUCUCCACCACCACCAUAUGUCUACAGUUCCCCACCACCACCAUACUACUCCCCAUCCCCUAAAGUAGACUACAAAUCUCCACCACCACCAUAUGUUUACAGUUCUCCACCACCACCAUACUACUCACCUUCCCCAAAGGUUGAUUACAAGUCUCCACCACCACCAUAUGUCUACAGUUCCCCACCACCACCAUACUACUCCCCAUCCCCUAAAGUAGACUACAAAUCUCCUCCACCACCAUAUGUCUACAGCUCACCACCACCACCAUACUACUCACCUUCACCUAAGGUACACUACAAGUCUCCUCCACCACCAUAUGUCUAUAGUUCCCCACCACCACCAUAUUACUCUCCAUCACCUAAGGUAGACUACAAGUCUCCUCCACCACCAUAUGUCUACAGUUCCCCACCACCACCAUACUACUCCCCAUCCCCUAAAGUAGACUACAAAUCUCCUCCACCACCAUAUGUCUACAGCUCACCACCACCACCAUACUACUCACCUUCACCUAAGGUACACUACAAGUCUCCUCCACCACCAUAUGUCUACAGUUCCCCACCCCCACCAUAUUACUCUCCAUCACCUAAGGUAGACUACAAGUCUCCUCCACCACCAUAUGUCUACAGUUCCCCACCCCCACCAUCAUACUCACCUUCACCUAAGGUACACUACAAUUCUCCUCCACCACCAUAUGUCUACAGUUCCCCACCACCACCAUAUUACUCUCCUUCCCCUAAGGUACACUACAAGUCUCCCCCUCCACCAUACGUCUACAGUUCCCCACCACCACCAUACUACUCACCAUCCCCUAAGGUUCAUUACAAAUCUCCACCACACCCACAUGUAUGCGUGUGUCCACCACCACCUCCAUGCUAUUCUCCUUCUCCAAAGACUGUAUACAAAUCUCCUCCAUCGUAUGUCUACAAUUCUCCACCACCACCAUACUACUCACCAUCCCCUAAGGUAUACUAUAAAUCUCCUCCACCACCAUACGUCUACAGUUCUCCACCACCACCAUAUUACUCACCAUCCCCUAAAGUAGACUACAAGUCUCCACCACCACCUUCAUACUACUAA